CAAACUUGUCUUUGUAGGAUUGCAGCUUAACUUGUCCUGAUCAUUGACAAGUUUGACAUCUUGCAGUUUAGUUCUUAAGCUCCCCAAAAAAGAAACCACCCAAGAUUUCGAAAUUUUGCUUCAUCAACAAUGAAGAAUUGCCUCCAGCCAAGCCUCCCACCAGGUUUCAGGUUUCAUCCAACAGAUGAAGAGCUCAUCCUCCAUUACCUCAGAAAGAAGAUGACCUCCACUCCUCUUCCGGUCUCCAUCAUUGCUGAAGUUGAUCUCUACAAGUUUGAUCCGUGGGAAUUACCAGGCAAGGCAGCAUUCGGGGAGACAGAGUGGUACUUCUUCAGUCCUCGGGACAGGAAGUACCCGAACGGUGCGAGGCCGAACAGAGCAGCAGCGUCGGGGUACUGGAAGGCAACCGGGACGGACAAGAUCGUGGUGGACUCUUCCACCGGCGAGAAGCUUGGUGUGAAGAAGGCGCUCGUGUUCUACAAGGGGAAACCUCCCAAAGGAAUCAAGAGCCGGUGGAUCAUGCACGAGUAUCGCCUAGCGAGUUCUCUCGUUCCCGUCUACAGCGACAAACCCGGCAAGCUUAAAGAGUUGUCCAUGCGAUUGGACGAGUGGGUUCUCUGUCGCAUCUACAAAAGAUCCAGCGCAGCAUAUUCCCCAGCACCAAUGGCGACAGCCAGCGACGAUGAAGGAGAAGAGCAGCACUUGACUCAAGAAAACAUCAGUAACGACCCCAACAACGUGGGUGCGAUCGAGCCCGCGACGAAGAUGAGCUGUUCCUCUUCCUUCUCCAACUUGUUCGACGCCGUGGACUUCUCGAUGCUGAGGAACAUCCUGUCGGACGAUUAUAAUGGCCAGUGCAGCAACGCUGGUGAUGUUGGCGACCUACUGGUCUCGACUCAGGUUGCGAAUGGAGUGGGUUUGGAUCGGACGAUGUUUCAGAGCCUUCCUCAGUUGACGAGGUACUCGGCUUCGCAGAAUCCGCUCAAGCGCAAGUACUUGUGGAACGCAGAUUCAGAAGCGGCGAGCUUGUCGACGAGAAAUUUGAUGAGCCAGACGUUCUUGGAUCAGCAUGUGCUCUUGAGCCCACCACAUGUUUAUGAUCAGUUUCAAGGGUUUUGAAUUGGAAGUUCUC